GGGGAAAAAGCGCUCGGCGCCCGAGGCGAGGUCGGCACUCCCGUCCCCGCGGCUGGCGCAGGACCUCCCUCGAGCGGAGCGCCCACGGGGAGCGGGUCGCGGGGCGGCGGCGGCGGCCAGGAGGCGGCGAGAAGGAGUCGGAGGAGGCGACGAGGCGAGGAGGCGAGCGCGCGGGCCGAGCGGGGUCCCGGCCGCCCCGCGGACCAGAGUCGACCCCCGCCCGUGGGCGAGCGCGCCCGUCGGCCUCGGCCCGAGGGGGAACGCGGCGCCCGCUCCCCAUGACUCCCUAGGGCGCGCGGUCCCGCCGAGUCCGCUCCCUCCCGGGCCGUGCCCCGCGCCCCUGCGUCCCCGCGCGCCCCGACCCGCGCCCCGCGGCAUGGACGUCCACACCCGCUGGAAAGCGCGCAGCCCGCCGCGCCCGGGCGCCCCGCUGCUGUCCUCGCCGCCGCCGCCGCUGCUGCUGCUGCUGCUGCUGCUGCUGUGGGCGCCGCCUCCGAGCCGCGCAGCUCAGCCAGCGGAUCUCCUGAAGGUCCUAGAUUUUCACAACUUGCCUGAUGGAAUAACAAAGACAACAGGUUUCUGUGCUACGCGGAGAUCUUCCAAAGGCCCAGACGUCGCUUACAGAGUCACGAAAGAUGCCCAGCUCAGCGCGCCCACCAAGCAGUUGUAUCCUGCGUCUUCAUUUCCGGAGGAUUUCUCCAUUCUAACCACUGUGAAAGCCAAGAAAGGCAGCCAGGCCUUCCUGGUCUCCAUCUACAACGAGCAGGGCAUUCAGCAGAUUGGCCUGGAAAUGGGCCGCUCUCCGGUCUUCCUCUAUGAGGACCACACAGGGAAACCAGGCCCAGAGGAUUACCCCCUCUUCAGGGGCAUCAACCUGUCGGAUGGCAAGUGGCACAGGAUCGCUCUCAGCAUCCACAAGAAAAAUGUCACCUUGAUCUUGGACUGUAAAAAGAAGACCACCAAACCCCUGGACCGCAGUGAUCACCCCAUGAUAGAUGUCAAUGGCAUCAUCGUGUUUGGCACCCGGAUCCUAGAUGAGGAAGUAUUUGAGGGUGACAUCCAGCAGCUGCUCUUUGUCUCGGACCACCGGGCGGCUUACGAUUACUGCGAGCACUACAGCCCGGACUGUGACACCGCUGUCCCUGACACGCCCCAGUCACAAGACCCCAACCCUGAUGAAUACUACCCGGAAGGAGAUGGAGAAGGUGAUACUUACUACUACGAGUAUCCCUACUACGAGGACACAGAUGACCCCAGCAAGGAGCCUACCCCCACCAAGAAGCCUGUGGAAGCUGCUAGAGAGACCACGGAGAUCGCCGAGGAGCAGACCCCACCCACCACGGCAGCCCCUGCAGUGCCUGACAUCAGUGAGAGGGCUGGGAAGGAGGAGGACCCUGGCAUUGGAGACUACGACUACAUGCCCAGUGAGGACUACUACACACCUGCCCCUUAUGAUGACAUGAACUACAACGAGGGCUUCGAGAACCCCGACCAGUCCCCUGACCAUGGCGCAGGGGCCGAGGUCCCCACCAGCACAGUCAGCACCACCAACGGCUCCAAUCCUGCCCCGCCUCCUGAGGAUGACCUGGAAGGGGAGUUUACAGAAGAAACCAUCCGGAACCUGGAUGAGACCUACUAUGACCCCUACUAUGACCCCACUGUCUCCCCGUCGGAGAUAGGGCCGGGCAUGCCUGCCAACCAGGACACCAUCUACGAAGGGAUCGAAGGACCCCGAGGCGAGAAGGGUCAAAAGGGAGAACCUGCCAUCAUCGAACCAGGCAUGCUCAUGGAGGGGCCGCCUGGCCCUGAAGGUCCUGCAGGUCUCCCAGGACCUCCAGGAACGAUGGGCCCCACUGGCCAAGUGGGUGACCCUGGAGAAAGGGGUCCCCCUGGACGCCCAGGCCUUCCUGGGGCUGAUGGGCUGCCUGGCCCUCCCGGAACCAUGCUCAUGCUGCCUUUCCGCUUCGGAGGGGGUGGCGAUGCCGGCUCCAAAGGUCCCAUGGUGUCGGCUCAGGAGUCCCAGGCUCAAGCAAUUCUGCAGCAGGCUAGGCUGGCACUGCGGGGGCCGGCUGGCCCAAUGGGUCUUACGGGGAGACCGGGCCCCAUGGGCCCUCCGGGCAGUGGAGGUCUGAAGGGAGAGCCGGGAGACAUGGGGCCUCAGGGUCCCCGAGGUGUGCAGGGCCCGCCUGGCCCCGCCGGAAAGCCUGGAAGAAGGGGCCGAGCUGGGAGUGACGGAGCCAGAGGGAUGCCCGGACAAACUGGCCCCAAGGGUGACCGUGGCUUCGAUGGCCUGGCUGGACUGCCGGGAGAGAAGGGCCACCGGGGUGACCCUGGUCCUUCUGGGCCACCGGGACCUCCAGGAGACGAUGGAGAACGGGGUGAUGAUGGAGAAGUUGGGCCCAGAGGACUGCCUGGGGAACCUGGACCGCGUGGUCUGUUGGGGCCAAAGGGGCCCCCAGGCCCUCCUGGACCUCCGGGUGUAACGGGUAUGGACGGCCAACCAGGCCCAAAAGGAAACGUGGGCCCCCAGGGAGAGCCUGGCCCCCCGGGACAGCAGGGUAACCCAGGCGCCCAGGGUCUCCCAGGCCCCCAGGGUGCCAUCGGUCCUCCAGGGGAAAAGGGUCCCCUGGGUAAACCAGGAUUGCCAGGAAUGCCCGGUGCCGAUGGACCCCCGGGGCACCCAGGCAAAGAAGGUCCUCCGGGAGAGAAGGGCGGCCAGGGUCCGCCUGGCCCCCAGGGCCCAAUUGGCUAUCCGGGUCCUCGAGGAGUCAAGGGGGCAGAUGGCAUCCGCGGUCUGAAGGGCACAAAGGGAGAAAAGGGUGAAGAUGGUUUUCCUGGGUUUAAAGGAGACAUGGGCAUCAAGGGUGAUCGGGGGGAGAUCGGCCCCCCUGGUCCUCGAGGAGAGGAUGGCCCCGAAGGCCCUAAGGGUCGUGGAGGUCCGAAUGGCGACCCUGGUCCUCUGGGACCCCCUGGGGAGAAGGGAAAGCUCGGAGUGCCAGGAUUACCAGGUUACCCAGGAAGACAAGGGCCCAAGGGUUCUAUUGGAUUUCCUGGCUUUCCUGGUGCCAACGGAGAGAAAGGUGGCAGGGGCACGCCUGGGAAGCCGGGACCACGGGGGCAACGAGGCCCAACGGGUCCGCGGGGUGAACGAGGCCCCCGGGGCAUCACUGGGAAGCCUGGCCCCAAGGGCAACUCCGGAGGCGAUGGCCCAGCCGGCCCUCCGGGUGAACGGGGACCCAACGGACCCCAAGGACCCACCGGUUUCCCUGGACCCAAGGGCCCCCCUGGCCCUCCAGGCAAGGACGGGCUCCCAGGACACCCUGGACAGAGAGGAGAGACCGGGUUCCAAGGCAAGACCGGCCCCCCGGGACCCCCAGGCGUUGUCGGCCCUCAGGGUCCCACAGGAGAAACUGGUCCGAUGGGCGAGCGUGGCCACCCUGGGCCCCCAGGCCCCCCCGGUGAACAGGGGCUCCCAGGCCUUGCUGGGAAAGAGGGGACAAAGGGUGACCCAGGCCCCGCCGGCCUGCCUGGAAAAGAUGGCCCUCCUGGGUUACGUGGCUUCCCCGGGGAUCGAGGGCUCCCUGGUCCAGUGGGAGCACUUGGCCUGAAAGGCAGCGAAGGCCCCCCCGGCCCACCAGGCCCUGCGGGAUCUCCAGGGGAGAGAGGCCCAGCUGGUGCCGCUGGGCCCAUCGGAAUCCCAGGGAGACCUGGGCCCCAAGGACCUCCAGGGCCGGCUGGGGAAAAAGGAGCUCCUGGUGAGAAAGGUCCCCAAGGCCCAGCUGGCCGAGAUGGCCUCCAGGGCCCUGUGGGGCUCCCCGGUCCAGCUGGCCCCGUGGGCCCCCCUGGAGAAGAUGGAGAUAAGGGAGAGAUCGGGGAGCCUGGACAGAAGGGCAGCAAGGGGGACAAAGGCGAGCAGGGUCCUCCCGGGCCCACUGGUCCGCAGGGCCCCAUCGGACAGCCUGGCCCCUCGGGAGCCGACGGCGAGCCAGGCCCUCGUGGGCAGCAGGGCCUCUUUGGGCAGAAAGGUGACGAAGGUCCGAGAGGUUUUCCUGGCCCCCCCGGGCCAGUGGGGCUGCAGGGUCUGCCAGGACCUCCCGGAGAGAAGGGCGAGACUGGGGACGUGGGCCAGAUGGGUCCCCCAGGUCCCCCCGGCCCCCGAGGACCCUCUGGAGCUCCAGGUGCAGAUGGGCCACAAGGGCCUCCGGGUGGAAUUGGCAACCCCGGUGCCGUGGGAGAGAAGGGUGAACCUGGUGAAGCUGGAGAGCCUGGCCUGCCUGGAGAGGGGGGCCCCCCGGGACCCAAAGGAGAAAGGGGUGAGAAGGGCGAGUCGGGCCCUUCUGGUGCAGCUGGACCCCCUGGACCCAAAGGCCCUCCUGGGGACGAUGGUCCUAAAGGCAGCCCCGGCCCUGUUGGUUUCCCUGGAGAUCCUGGUCCCCCUGGAGAGCCUGGACCCGCGGGUCAAGAUGGCCCCCCUGGUGACAAAGGGGACGACGGUGAGGCCGGACAAACGGGAUCUCCAGGCCCCACUGGCGAACCAGGACCGUCUGGGCCUCCAGGAAAAAGGGGUCCCCCAGGCCCCGCAGGCCCCGAAGGCAGACAGGGAGAGAAGGGAGCCAAGGGGGAAGCCGGCUUGGAAGGCCCUCCUGGGAAGACUGGCCCCAUUGGCCCCCAGGGGGCCCCUGGGAAGCCUGGGCCUGAUGGCCUGCGAGGGAUCCCAGGCCCUGUGGGUGAGCAAGGUCUCCCGGGCUCCCCAGGCCCCGACGGCCCACCUGGCCCCAUGGGACCCCCAGGACUCCCUGGCCUCAAAGGAGAUUCUGGCCCCAAAGGGGAAAAGGGUCAUCCAGGCUUGAUCGGACUCAUCGGACCUCCGGGUGAACAGGGUGAAAAAGGUGACCGUGGUCUCCCUGGCCCCCAGGGCUCCUCUGGCCCCAAGGGAGAACAGGGCAUCACUGGUCCUUCGGGCCCGAUCGGCCCCCCCGGCCCUCCCGGCUUGCCGGGUCCUCCUGGGCCAAAAGGUGCUAAGGGCUCCUCGGGUCCCACUGGCCCGAAGGGUGAGGCUGGCCACCCAGGACCCCCUGGCCCACCGGGUCCCCCUGGCGAGGUCAUCCAGCCCCUGCCAAUCCAGGCAUCCAGGACCCGGCGGAACAUUGAUGCCAGCCAGCUGCUGGAUGACGGGGCCGGCGAGAGCUAUGUGGACUACGCGGACGGCAUGGAGGAAAUCUUCGGCUCGCUCAACUCCCUGAAGCUGGAGAUAGAGCAGAUGAAGCGGCCUCUGGGCACGCAGCAGAACCCCGCCCGCACCUGCAAGGACCUGCAGCUCUGUCACCCCGACUUCCCAGACGGUGAAUACUGGGUGGAUCCUAACCAGGGAUGCUCCCGGGACUCCUUCAAAGUUUACUGCAACUUCACAGCUGGAGGGGCAACGUGCGUCUUCCCCGACAAGAAGUCCGAGGGGGCCAGGAUCACUUCUUGGCCCAAAGAAAACCCGGGUUCCUGGUUCAGUGAAUUCAAGCGUGGUAAACUGCUCUCCUACGUGGAUGCCGAGGGCAACCCUGUGGGUGUGGUCCAGAUGACCUUCCUGCGGCUGCUGAGUGCCUCUGCCAACCAGAACAUCACCUACAACUGCUACCAGUCAGUAGCCUGGCAGGACGCCGCCACGGGCAGCUACGACAAGGCCAUGCGCUUCCUGGGCUCCAACGACGAGGAGAUGUCCUACGACAACAGCCCCUACAUCCGCGCCCUGGUGGAUGGCUGUGCUACGAAGAAAGGGUAUCAGAAGACUGUUCUGGAGAUCGACACGCCCAAGGUGGAACAAGUGCCCAUCGUGGAUAUUAUGUUCAACGAUUUCGGUGAAGCAUCACAGAAAUUUGGAUUUGAAGUGGGGCCAGCUUGCUUCCUGGGCUAGGAGCCGUGAGCCCGGCCCCCAAGAGCAACCUCGUGACCUCAGCGCGCCGUCUGCGGGCGUCCUGGACAGUGAAGGCCCCUCGUCCCUCCCCCGACCUCGUCUGCGCCUGGGUCCGCGCCGGGCCAGACCCCAAACCCACAGAGAGCGAAGGGAAAGAGCCGACUCCCCAACCCCGGAGCCGAAUCACAUGACCUAGACGGCCCACAGCCACCGGGCCCCACUGCUUUGUCAGCCCCAUCUGUCCCCACCAUGCGCCACUGGGGCGGGGACGGGGCCGCAUUUCUGGCCGCCCAGCCGGCCGAUCCAUCACCUGCGUGGGGAGGUCACCAGGCCGGGCGUGGGGCUGCAGUAUUUGGAGAUCACGUUUUUUUUUUUUUUAAAUUCAACUUGAAGAUGCGUAUUUCCCCUGACCAUCAAAAAAAUGUUCGGAGGCAAACCUUGUAAAAAGGUCAUCCCCACCCCGCCAGAGCCUCUGUUUUCAACUACACGAUCCAUUCACAGGCCCAGUGUCAUUCUGCAUGUGCCUUUCCAAUGGAUUAAAGGUGCUUUCGUUUUUGUGAGUUUUAAGUAAAUAUUUGUAUUGUAUUGUCCUAAGUGUUCAGUGUCCCCGACUUUCAAUCACGCAUGUCAGCCCGGCUUCAGUCCUGCUGAGAGAGUGGGGUGAAGGGUGGGUGUCCAGUUCUGGUGAGGAAGGAGCAGCCCCGUGCCCCACCUGGCCAGGGACGUGCAAUAAGGUGGAGGUUCGCCCGGGGGCGGCAGGAGUGCACACUGCCGUGGCAACAGCGGAGCCCAGGGUGCCCGGGCCCCUUUUCAGACAAUUUUUUGAUUAGCUUUGGAUUUUUUUUUUUUAAUGGAGAGGAAAAAAAAAAAGAACUUGAUGCUUUGCCUUUCCUACAUGCACUUAGAUUAAAUCACAGGCAUAAAUUAAUUUUAAUUGCUUCCUUUUCCCGUUUUUCUACCCGCAGAGCCUGAUGGGAGAGUAUCCAGGGCAGGGAAACCACACUUUCUGUAGAUGAUAAUUAAAUGAAAAUUGGUGCUUACUUUUACACUUCUCCUUUGUGGUGCUAUCUGUUUUAAGAUCUCCUUGCAAAGGGGACACUGGGGUGACCUGGCCGUGCGGCCUCCCGCCUCUCUCGGUCCCCGCCUCUGCCUCCGCGGCGCGGUGGGGACCUGCUGAGGACGGGAGGGUGGACGGGCGGACGCUCGCUCAUCGCCUCCCUUCCCAGGGGCCCACGUGUCCCUGCGCUCCCAGAGGGUGGCCAGGCCCGUUUCCAGGAUUGGGUUGUGCCUCUGUGAUUUGAAAACACACGCGCGCUAUAAAAGAUGCUGCCCACAGUGUCCGCGGCGUGACGAUGAGCAGGUCGUACGCAUCCGGUUUGCCGAAUGUCUGGUGCUAAUUUCUGUGUUUGUUCCAAGAACUGAGCUGAAGCCGCGUGUGCCGUCCCAGCUGGGCUGCCUUUGCCCGGGGGGCCUCAGCCGACGGGGAGUCGUGCAAUCAACUCUGUGGGCCGCCUCCCCACACGAGCAACCGGAGUUCCAGCUGCCGGCGUCCUGGGCCGCGGGCCUCCACGCUCCGGAGAGCUCAGGGCUGGCGGGGCUUCGUGAGCGAGGGCAGGGGGCUGCCUGCCGUGGGCGGAGGACCCGAGGGGCCUGCGAGGAAAGGCAACCCCUUCACUGUGAAAAGCUGCCCUCGAGCAAUGCCCUUUCCUUCCGUGACGGGAGGAGCAGGUGAGGACCGCGGGCCCUGCUCGGCCCCCUCGGGAGGAGCUGUGACCGUUCCGGUGCUGUCGCCUGCCCACCUGCCCGCCCGCCCGCCCCGCCUGGGAGACCGCAGCAGAGCCUUGCCCCCACCUUGGGCAUCACGGAACCACCCACUAGGAUUGCCCGCAUUCCCGUGGAAAUUGAAUCUUGCUGUCACCAAAGAAAAGUCUGGCUCGGAGGUUCUUUGGAGCCCAGGAUGCCGGCAUGCGCCAAUGACUCUCACAUUUGUCUCUUCCAAAGCAAAGCCAUAUCCGAGGGCUGCCACGUGGUGCCCUGUGGGUGUUGUCUAGGUCAUGUGAUUCCGUUUUGCUUCCUCGUCCCUCCUGAGGCCCCCGUCACGCUGUCUUCCUCACCCUCUGGCCCCUUCAAAACUGUUGUCAUUUGUACUGAAGUCAAAUGUGUCCCGUUCUCCCCAGACCACUUCGCUAUGGUAUAUUGCAAUAAAAAUUACUUCUUAUAUUUGCA